AUGGGAACGGGAAUGGAUCCCGCGCGCAGGGAGCCGCUCACCGGGCAGGUCCCCGUUCUUGAAAGGAGACAACCUCCGGUCCUCGCUCCGAGCCGGCUCCUUCCGUUGUGCUACAAAGACGUGCAGUCUGCGCCGGGAGUUGUGAGCCCGAGCCGUGAGCUCCUCAACUCCGCGGGGGCCGUGCCAGGAGACCCGGGGCGCACAGUCCUCUGCGAGGAGGUGUGGAUGCGUUUAAGUGCUGUCAACCCUUUAACUGUGUGGGCAGGUUUGGUGCCUCAUUUGGUCAGUGUCACUGGGUUGGACCUCCUGGCCACUUGUGGUCCUGCUGGAUCAUCUGUGUCCAAAGCACCCAAUGCUCCAAGAAAAAACGAAGAAAAACUGUUCUCUUCCUGCAGAUGUGAGGAAGGCAGUCAGGCAGCCGCUGAGGCACGGACAGGAACGACCGAGGUGGAUGGCACGACAUUGACCAGAACCCUUUGCUGGGAGACCCGUGGUUCGGUACCUGCGCUCGCGGGGAGCGGCUCUAGUGCUGCGGGGCGCGCUCCGCGGCCGGAGCUCUGCAGAGCCGCCGUGCCCGGUGUGGGCGGGUCCGGCUCGGGCCGGACGCUCCGCGGAGGGUCCCGGUGCGGCCGCUGGGCCGGGGCUCCGCCGUCCCCGAAAAAGGAGCGGAGAGAACAGCUCCCGCCUGCGCAGACCCGCCAAGGCACGGACGGGGUUCGAACCCGUGAUCUUCGGUUUACGAGACCGACGCCUUACCACUUGGCCACCGCGCCUGCGUUAAGGUCUCCUCCUGACGCCCUUCUAUCGCUGGCGCCACGCCCGCGCGCCCGCCCACGGCCCGCCCUCGCGCGCCCGCGCUGCCAUCUGCUGGGGGCGCGCGGCCCUGAGGCGCUGAGGGCGCGGCGGCGGCUGAGGGGGAGCACCAGGAGGGAGGGAUGGGCCGGGUCUGCCGCCCCUCCCCGUCUCGUUCCGGCUCUCGCUCUCGGUCUCGGUCUCCCUUCUUCUUCGUCUCCCCCUGUCUCCCGCUGUCUCCCGCUCUUGGAGCUGCCAGGAGCCUCCCCUCAGGCUGUGGAGGCGUUCGGAGGGCAGCGCCCUGUGCAGCGCGGCCCCGGGGCUGUGAGGGGAACGGCACUCCAGAGGCUGCUUCGCACCGGCCAGCGCGGCUUGGAGAGGGAGAAAAGAGCGGGAUUAAAUUUUUCCUCCACCAAGAAGAGAAACAGGAAUGCAAAACGUUGGAAUAACAAAAUGGGGUUCAAGAAUGAUGCAGUAGAUGGCAGAAUGGCCCUGCAGUCCUUUUUCCGCACAGAAGACUGGAGACUCACAGGUAAUUUUUUUACAUGAAGGCAAGUAUUUAUCUUAGAGUUUCUAAUUUCUUUUAUGGAUAAACAACUUGAAGAAAAAAACCCCAAGCCCUGGCUGUUGGCUCUCAGAAGCCUUAAUUUGUUACUUUGAUUUUGUGUUAGGAAUGUCUUGGUAAAGUAGCAGACUAUACUUUGAGGUGUGGGGAAAUCCGUGUGACUUCUUUGCCAUCAAAGAAACAUCUCCUACUUGAGACAUUACAAAUACUCUAAGAAAUAUGUCCCUCUAGCAACAUCUGCACUAUAAACAACAAGCCAAUAGGCAGGAGCAAAUGGCAUUGAAUGUGGUACACAGUAAAGACAAUGUACUGAUGGCCAUCUGUAGAGCAUGUUUGAAUAAAUUGAGUUUUUAUUGAAAAUCAAGGUUUAGCCUGUGGAAAAAGUUCAGCAUAAUCUCAAGUUUUAUCAAGCCUUAUUUUGGGUUUACAUCAAACAGUAAUAUGAAAACAGUGUGUGAAAGGUUAUGUGUUUGUAUUUUGUAUUUUGUCACUGUAAAACAAUCAAACUCUCAGCUGACACCAAAACAAGUCCUUUAUCUCUGUUAUACUCCAGCUGUAAUUUCUUAAUUGCACAAAUACAUGGCCAAAAAGUGCUGCA